GUUUUUGGCUUAGCCACGUCAAUUUUCUCAAGACAUCUCCUCGUUCUUCACGGUUCCCCUUUGCAGAUUGUCGUUGAUGUCGGAAACCUCUUUUCAUCCGCUUUCACACGCUCAAAGCCGUCAGGUAGAUGAUGCUUGUAUGGCUGCUGCUCAUAAGAGAACAGCAAGCACUGAUGGUGUAACUGGAAACCCCAAGAGAAGAGAAUUAGCAACCAAGGAGACAUUAGAUGAUGCAGAGUGGCAGCCUGAUUUCCCAAUGACACUAGAUUCAAGUUCGAGUUCCGAUUCUUCUAUCAUUGAUAAUAUUAUGGGUGAUGAAUAUAUUGACAUCCUGUCGAACAAAGUAGAAAAUGAUUCACAACUUAAGCAGAUGGCGGAAGAGAUUUUCCGAUCCCUUAAGGAUGUUGUUGAACAUGGUGAACAUGUUGCAACUCUUGUGGCUGGAGUGAAAAUGCUGUUUGAUUUUUCAGCGUUCAUUCAGGCAUGUGUUGACACAUCUAUGGAGGAUCCACACCUGAUAUGCUACAUAGAGAUUUACUCAAAUGGAGCAGAAGCUAAUAAACGGAUGGAAGAUCUCAAGAGAGACACGUUUUUGGGAUGUGUUUUGGAAGAGACAGAAACCACUGCCAUUAUUAGGGGAGUCUUAAGUAUUAUAGUUGGGUACUGGAGUGAUCAAAAAUUUUAUAAUAAGUUGAAGGGAGCAAUUAAAGGAGCAAUCAAAGAAGCACGGUGCAACCAUCCCUUGCGAAAUGCAAAGAUGGUGUAUGACACAAUUAUUAAUAUUGAUGUUUCUUCGGAUGUUGAGGGGUUGAAAGAAGCAUUGGCUGCUAAAUAUCGCAAUGAUCCUAACCGUGAUUACGAGCGUAUCUGUGAAGAGAUUGAUCGUGAUAAGUCUUAUUAUGAGAGGUUGCUUGGAUCUGAUUGCCCUAGACGAAUAAGAUGGAUGCGUAUUUUAUGGAUGGACAACUCGUUCAGUUUGAGUGGCUUUGGUAACCCCCCUCCCAUGCUUUGUGGCGGGUGACGUUUUUCUAGCAGGCAUCUCUGUAACAUAAGGAUCUAUGUUAUAUUUUCAUUAAAGUUGGAGGAUGCUUGUAUCACAUAUUCUCAUAGCUCUCAACCAUUUAAUUAUAAAAUUUCUUUUUUUGUCAUUUCUUUGAUUUUUUGAUCCAUGAAAACAUAAAUCAA